GGAAACAUUAUUCAACUGAUUGAACAAUGGAAGUACCCCACAAUCAAGGCGCAAGAAAAUCAGUUGUACCUGGUGGUGCUACUCUUGAUAAAAAGACUUUGGAUAAACUAUUGAAUCAGCGCAUAAGUGGUUCAGUAACAUGCCAGAAACAAUUCCAUUCUCUGCCCAAAGAAUAAGGGAAGGUCCAUUCCACUUCCCACCCCCACCACCGACAGAUCCUAACUUACUGUUCAAGAGUCUGUACAAACUGAUGAAUUAUCUUACCGUCGAGUGGUGUGGUGGUGACUUACCUGCCCAUUUGGGCUUUGCUUUUGGCUCAGAAUCACCAGAUCUAGCAGACCAGUGUUUUGACCUUUGCAUGGCCAUUUCCAACACCACUGUUCACAUCAAGAAACAGAGGCUUGAUGAGGUAUUUGCGGAGUGCCAUGUUCUUCAUCCGUUUCUAGAUGUCAGCGUAACAUCUCCAUCUCUGAUGAUAUACGGGUCUCUCUCUUCCAACAUCAGACAUUAUCACAAACUGUGGGUAACACCGCGCGGAGUUCUUGUUAACGAACAGCCCAUGCUUUCCAGGGAGAUAUCCAACACAUCUGUCUUGUAUAUUAACAUUCACUUCAGAUAUAACAUAAAGCCAACGGAAAUAAAAGAUUUGAUGUGUUAUUAUUUGACACGACUGAACAUUGGCUGCCGUGAGAAUUUGGUAAUUGACAUGAAGUUUGAACAUGGACCACGUUACUUUUUCCCUCGAUACCCAAAAGCAGGAAAUUCAGAUCUUACCCGUUCAAAUGGUGCUGUUUUCGUGAAAGUGUGCAAAAAUUGCCAAUCUUGUCGGAUCCAAUCUACAAAAGCCAGAGAGAUUACCAUACAAGAUCAGAAACUGAAUGUAAGAAUCUGCACACGUCAGUGUUUUGGAAGUGAAUACGGCAGACCAUGUACUGACAAACGAUUUAAAGGUAAACUCACUAUUCUGGGUCCUGGUGGAAUUCCCGUACUUUACUUAUCAGAUACUGAUUUCUACAGCCAGUUUAAUAAGCUUGUACAGAAGUGGCCUUGCAUGUCCGACAAUCAAACCCACCUUAUUUUGAUAUUUGAGUGUCCAGUGUCGAGGAAGAACAUCCAUCAGAUCAUGACACUUCUCCAUGACACCUGUUUCCAGGUUUUCAGCAAAUACCAAACCUCCUUCAAAACUUCUGUAACUCAACUUCUUGGUAGUAGAUCAUCUGGCUCGAGUAGCACGACUGUAGAUCUGGUUGCAGCUAGCAGAAAUCUAGCCAGAGGCAUCUCGGAAAUCGUGGAGCUCAGUAAAAAUGAAGACUUCAAAAAAACUGUGAAAGAUUUGCUCCCUUACGACACCAUGGAGACGCUCCAAGAAUCUAUACUGAACAAAUCUCGUCAGUUUGGUAUUCAAGAACCUCGUAUAAUUGAGGGAGCUGAUGAUGGUGAACCGUUUGCCAAGCGGAGAAAGUUGAAACCCUCUCCUACUCAAGAAGUACAGGAAAUACCUGGUGUUUCUGUGGGAGGGUUCUGGUUUACUGUGACCGGCGAGGAGUCUAUAGGGAAGGAGCAAGGGAAGGAGACAAGAACUGAGGGAUUGGAGACAAGAACUUUAACUGAGGGAUUGGAGACAAGGACUGAGGAUUUGGAGACAAGGACUGAGGAUUUGGAGACAAGGACUGAGGAUCUGGACGAUUUUCAGUCCCUGCAAUGACAACACGAUUGAAAGGUCAGAUGAUAUGCUUAACAAAAUGAUGAUAUUAGUGUAAAUAGGCAAUAUCGAAAUAUUUGUUGCCAAUGUUGUUGCUUUUAUUCAAUGCUAAUGAAAUGUUUGUUUUUUGUGAAAAGUACCAAUCGUGUAGUUAUAUCAUUAUUGUGUAAAAACAUAAUCAGAAUUGAUUAAUGAACGACUUAAAAUCAAUCAUAAUUACAAUCAUUCGUCAUGACUUUAUUAUUUUGUAAUUUUUUCGAUGUUUGCUUAAUCGUUCAGCUGAUAAUGCGCUUGGUAUGGAUGAUAAGUUUUUAGCUUCGUUUGAAUACUGUUAAUUAUUACAAUUAACAAUGUGCCCAAGGAAUCGUUCACAUAUCACGUGACCCAGAUUUUAAAACCAUAAUUUACAUCACAUUAAAGCCAUCUUGACCGUAAAAUGUGAACGGUCCCUCAACAGAAUUUCAGUUUCAAUGUUUUUUUCUUUGAAAACACAUUUGAGAGAACUUGUAUACAUUAUAAAUAACACUUGCAAAUCGAUUACGAAAUACAUAUGCCUUAAUCUUUUUGAGUUUAAUUUUCUUUCCAAACUGGUCUGAAUGGUAUACAAAUUAUUACUGGGAAAAAUUCGUUGAAGAUUUUUUUCAUUCAGUUGAUAAAUUUUCGGUUUGAUUGCAACAAAUUGCUCUAAAAUUAAGGGUUUAAAGGCUAAAAGGGCAAAUAUAUUGAGGAACAUAAUGAGGAAUAGAACAAGAGAUAUUUUAAAGUACUCAGAUUAAAUCUAUGAUAUCUCAAGAACGGAACAUCCUAUUUGAACAUAUUAAGAUAAUUCAGUUCUAUGAAAUAUCAAGAUGUGUUUUUUGACCGCCAACAAUCCUUAAUUCAUUGGAUCGCUAUUUUAUUCUAUGUUUGAAACUCUAAAUUAAUGGUUA